GUGCGAGAGCAAGAGAGAGAGAUAAAGAGAGAGAGGGGUGGAGGGGUCAGUAAACUGUAACAAAUUCCACCCACCGACCCUGCGACCCAUUGAGCGGUCGAGAGAGUGAGAGAAAGCUCUCCGUGUCACCGCAGCUUGUGGCCGUACCAGAGCACAGGAGAGCCGCGCGGCAAUCGUCGCCCCACGGAGGGUCUUGAAGAUGGCAGUGUGGAUCCAGGCCCAGCAGCUCCAGGGAGAUGCUCUCCACCAGAUGCAGUCUCUAUAUGGUCAGCACUUCCCCAUCGAAGUGCGACAUUAUCUGUCGCAGUGGAUCGAGGGCCAGCUGUGGGACAACAUCGACUUGGAGAACCCGCAAGAGGAGUUCAAGGCCAAACGCUUGCUGGAUGGACUGAUCCAGGAGCUGCAGAACAAGGCGGAACACCAGAUCGGGGAGGACGGCUUCCUGCUCAAAAUCAAACUGGGACACUAUGCCAACCAACUCAAGAGCACGUAUGACCGAUGUCCUCUGGAGCUGGUGCGCUGCAUCAAGCACAUCCUCUACACCGAGCAGCGGCUAGUGCGCGAAGCUACCAAUUCCAACUCUCCAGUGGGUGGAAUGUUGGACAGCAUGUCUCAGAAGUACCAGCAGAUCAACCAGGCCUUCGAGGAGCUUCGUCUGCUCGCCCAGGACACGGAGAACGACCUGCGCAAGCUUCAGCACAACCAGGAGUACUUCAUCAUCCAGUAUCAGGAGAGCCUGCGCAUCCAGGCUCAGCUGUCCAGUCUGGCCACACUGCCCCCUGCUGACCGACAGUUACGAGAGCCCACCUUGUUAAGCAAGAGAGCCACGGUGGAGGCAUGGCUGACGAGGGAGGCCAACACACUACAGAAGUACAGAUUGGACCUGGCAGAGAAGCACCAGAAGACGCUGCAGCUGCUGAGGAAGCAGCAGACCGUCAUCCUGGACGACGAGCUGAUCCAGUGGAAGAGACGGCAACAGUUGGCGGGCAACGGGGGCCCGCCGGAGGGGGGCAUGGACAUCCUGCAGUCCUGGUGCGAGAAGCUGGCGGAAACCAUUUGGCAGAACCGGCAACAGAUCCGGAGAGCUGAGCACCUCAGGCAACAGCUGCCCAUCCCAGGUCCCAUUGAAGACCUCCUCAAUGAACUCAACAGCACAAUCACAGACAUCAUCUCAGCCUUGGUCACAAGCACCUUCAUCAUCGAGAAACAGCCCCCGCAGGUGCUGAAGACCCAGACCAAGUUUACGGCCACCGUGCGCCUCCUGGUCGGCGGCAAGCUGAACGUGCACAUGAACCCACCGCAGGUCAAGGCGACCAUCAUCAGCGAGCAGCAGGCCAAGUCGCUGUUGAAGAACGAGAACACCAGGAAUGACAGCAGCGGGGAAAUUCUCAACAACAACUGCGUGAUGGAGUAUCACCAGACCACAGGCACGCUCAGCGCUCACUUCAGAAACAUGUCCUUGAAGAGAAUUAAACGUUCGGACAGGAGAGGAGCUGAGUCGGUCACGGAGGAGAAGUUCACCAUCCUCUUCGAGUCCCAGUUCAGUGUCGGAGGCAAUGAGCUCGUCUUCCAAGUGAAGACAUUGUCGCUGCCUGUCGUGGUGAUAGUCCACGGGAGCCAAGACAAUAACGCCACGGCAACGGUGCUGUGGGACAACGCUUUUGCAGAGCCCGGCCGCGUGCCUUUCCUGGUUCCGGACAAGGUUCUGUGGCCUCAGCUGUGUGAGGCCAUCAACGUGAAAUAUAAGGCGGAGGUGCAGAGCAACCAUGGCUUAUCCGAGGAGAACCUGGUCUUCCUCGCCCAGAAAGCUUUCGGCAACUCCAGCACCAGCAUCGAGGACGAUCGCAACAUGACAAUGACCUGGUCACAGUUUAACAGAGAAAGCUUGCCCGGCAGGAAUUUCACUUUCUGGCAGUGGUUCGACGGCGUGAUGGAGCUGACAAAAAAGCAUCUCAAGCCGCACUGGAAUGACGGAGCCAUCCUGGGCUUUGUGAACAAGCAGCAGGCUCAAGAUAUGCUGAUGUCCAAACCCAACGGCACUUUCCUCCUGCGCUUUAGCGACUCUGAGAUCGGAGGGGUCACAAUUGCCUGGGUGGCCGAAAACCCAAACAAAGCAGGCGAGAGAAUGGUGUGGAACCUCAUGCCCUACACAACCAAAGACUUCACCAUUCGCUCUCUGGCCGACCGCAUCAGCGAUCUCAACCACCUCCUCUUCCUCUACCCCGACAGGCCCAAGGACGACGUCUUCUCCAAGUAUUACACCCCUCCCCUCUCAAAAGCGGUGGAUGGCUACGUGAAGCCGCAAAUCAAACAAGUGGUGCCUGAAUUUACAACGGCCAAUCCCGAUCCGACAAGUGGGAACGCGACAUACAUGGAUCACGGCGCCUCUCCAGCACCUGUCAGUCAUCCUCACACCUUUGGCUUGUACCCACCCAUGAGCGAAUCGAUGCUGGAUGCGGACGGAGACUUCGACUUGGACGACACCAUGGAUGUGGCGCGGCACGUGGAGGAGCUGCUGCGACGGCCCGUGGAGAGCCAUUGGGGCGGCCAGCAGUCGUGACCGCACCCAACCAACCCAACCAGCCCCGCCCCUCCACUUGACAUCUCUCAUGGGUUUAAUUCCGAUCAUCUUGUCUGUUUUGCCCUCUCCCUUCAUUGCUAUAAUGUGAAUUGUUAAUAACGGUUGUGUUUUUUUUUUAAUUUUGUUUUCUGUGUGAAGUUUUAUUAUUUGUGUCCAUAAGUAUUUGUACAAGGUUUCAGUGGUAAACCGACAGUGUUACAGUAUUGGUUAAAAAAAAAAAUCUAUAGUGUUCAAUUGUCAAUCUGCAUGCAUUCUCUUGAUUUUAACAUACGUGCUACUUGUACGAAGACUUUUGUAUUUUAUAUCUGGGCUUUGAAUGAAUGCCGUCUUUGGACAAAAAAAAAACCCUGGAACUUUACUCAAAAGCUUUUUCUCGUUACAGCAAACACUCACAGAAAAGUGGUUACGCGUACGACCACUCGCUCGGAUCCGCUCACCAGCUACAACCUCACUCGGGUGCACUUUGGCACCUUUGUCUAUUGUCCAGAGCUAUUUGUCCAACAACGCUACCUGCUUGUCCUCUCAGGUCCCCCCCCCCCCCCCCCCCACCUCCCAUUCCUCCAGUGCUCCAGACCUCCUCAUCGGUGCUGCCUUGCCUUAAAUCAUCUCUCACAGGCCGCCGUCUUUAUAACUUCUCUGUAUAUGACACAAUUAUGGCACAAAGUCCACCUGCAGAUGGAUUUACAUGACAAUAGUCCAAGUUCUGGAAUCGCAAUAGAAAUCUGGAAUCAAUGAGUUUUCUGCAAGCCGUUCUUCAGGAAAAUUUGUUUGGUUGUUUUGAAUAAAUGAGCUCUGAUUCCCUUAGUUUUAUGUUCACUUUGACAGGAAACAUCAUCAAGAGGUUGAGGCCUCGAUGAAGAAUGAACGAUUUUCCAAAGUGUUGCUGAUUUUGAAGUAAUGAAAUCAUCGGCCAACGACGGCUCCUACCCAGAAAAAAAAACAAAACUGAAGUUGGGUCACUCAUAUCUCAAGGCAUCACUGUAUGUUGAACUUAAAAGUAAAUGUGACACCACUGCGGCCAUUUUAUUUUACGUGCAAUCCAGAUGCUUUUGCUGUUGAAACUCCAAAGUGGAGUUAUUGUUACGGCCUGUGCCGUAAAAGAUACAGUACAUUUGUCUAGUGUACUGUUUACAUUGCGUUAUAGGUUGAAGGACACACAAAAAGCUUCAUUCUCAGGAAUAUAUUGAUCUACUCCCAACAGAAGAAGCUGCGUAAUUAUAUGAAUAUAGAUUUCAUGUGUCAAAUGUCCCCUUUCCUAGGUGCAUUGUCAGCCUACUACGUUUCUUUUUGUGUAAUUCUUUUUUUCCCAACUUGGAGCUUAUUGUAAGCUUUGUGUCAUCUUGCGUCACUGUGGCCUUUGUCAUGUUCGUGCUUUGGAGGCCAAGGACAGCGAAAGCUGUCCCUGGUGUCAAAAUUAAGUGAAUUAUAUAUAUAUAUAUAUAUAUAUAUAUAUAUAAUAUAUAAUUUGACCUGUAGCCCCUGUGAAGACAUGUUGCUACUAAAUAAAUGCUCUAUUUUUUAAGUUUUAAAGUCUGAUGUGGUGGCUUGAAUGCAACCCCACAUGGAUUUAGUGGUUACAAAAAGAUAAUUUAGCUCAUUGUGAUAUCAGAGGUUGGGAACUUUUUUUAAAAUCUCAUAAAUCUAUCCAUAGUGCCUUUCAAAGCAGAGUAACAAGGUUCUUCAGAUUGGGGGGAAAAAGCAAUUCAAACAAAGUAAAAUAGAAAGGUCAUAUCUCUUUGGGUAUUUUAUAUUUUAAUAAAAUUAUUGAUAGAAAUGCUGCCUAACUUCAGAAUUUGAUUUUUCCGUUGUUUUAUUGUGUUUUUAUUCAAGUAUAAUUACGCGGUGGCUUUAUUUAUUCGCACGUAUGUGGUCUGUAUUUCGUAACGUACCCACCCAAUGCUCUAUUUUAAAAAAUACAUUUAAAAAUGCCCUUUUCUCCGUAUUGCUAAAGGACACGUGAGAAUCCUCUCUUCUUCUGUUGCCCUCUAGUGGACAAAAAGAUAUUGCGGGGGUCUUAAAUGCGAAAAAGCCUAAAAGGAAGAUAUGAGAAAAAAAAUAAACAAUAA